GUGAGAAUGUAGUAAAUACAGAACUUGAUACGAUGAAGAAAGUAGAGAUCUGAAAAUGGAGUCGUCCUCGUCUUCGUCGUCCGUGUCACCUUUUCGAUCGGAUGCCAUCAGAGGAAAAGUAGCACUGCUAACCGGAGGUGGUUCCGGCAUCGGUCUUGAAAUCUCCACCCAGUUCGGCAAGCAUGGUGCAUCCGUCGCUAUCAUGGGCCGCCGUUCCUCCGUCGUUCAAUCCGCCGUUUCUUUCCUUCAAUCCCUGGGAAUCCCCGCAGUUGGGUUUCAAGGAGACGUCCGAGUACAGGAAGAUGCAAAGAGAGUGGUGGAGUCUACAGUCAAACAUUUUGGGAAGCUUGACAUUCUGGUCAAUGCUGCUGCUGGCAAUUUUCUCUCCUCCCCCGAGGAUUUGUCUCCCAAUGGUUUUCGAACAGUGUUGGAUAUUGAUGCAGUGGGCACGUACACAAUGUGCCACGAAGCAAUGAAGUAUCUGAAGAAAGGAGGUCCAGGGAGAAGUUCAUCUUCUUCAGGCGGGAGCAUACUAAACAUUAGUGCCACUUUGCAUUACACCGCAACCUUUUAUCAAAUCCAUGUAGCUGCGGCAAAGGCUGCAGUAGAUGCGGUGACUAGGAAUCUGGCACUGGAAUGGGGAACCGACUAUGACAUACGAGUGAAUGGGAUAGCACCCGGUCCCAUAGAGGGCACACCUGGGAUGAGAAAACUUGCGCCUCAAGAGAUGAUGAUAAAUGAUUACGAUAGUAGUAACCAGCGUGACAGCAUUAUGCUUCCUCUAUAUAGACUUGGGGAGAAGUGGGAUGUUGCAAUGGCUGCUCUCUACCUUGCAUCCUGUGCUGGGAAAUACGUGAACGGGACAACAUUGAUAGUGGAUGGAGGACUGUGGGUGAGUCAGCCAAGGCGUCUACCCAAAGAUGUGGUCAAGCAGCUUUCUCGAUCGGUGGAGAAAAGAUCAAGAGAUGCACCCAUUGGCACUCCACCUCUCACAUGCAAACUCUGAUCAUCCUCCUCCCCACUGGAUGGAAAUUAUCUACCAGCAGCAUCCAAUUUGUUUGCUCCGAAGUGGAAAUAAAUUUACUUUUUAUCUUUUCUGAAUUAUACUAUGUAUUCCCAACCUUUUUUAUAAACCAGGUUCUCGGCUUUGCCGGUCUAAUCCAUCUCCCUAGAACCUACCCCCAAACUUUUGACUUAUGGCUAGCUAAAUAUGCAACACUUUGAAUCUCAAUAUGCAAUACAAAUAACUUAAGG